UUUGCUGUUCGUCAGUUGGCGGGUCUCUGCGUUCAUAUGCUGGUGAAUGCGCCGUACAAGUGGAAUCCACUGCGAACCAACAUCCUUGGGGCUACUUCACUGGACUUGGCGAUGUCCAACCAUGGCGCGUACCUUCCAGUCGUGUGGCCUCUUGCAAUGGCAUCAACUCACGUCUACAAGGAUGCCUCAUCAAAUCCCUCUCUUGCUAGUCUCCUUCUAAGACCUCCGAUCACUCCACUCUCACCGUCUCUAAUCGUUGGAAUUUGUGAAGGGAAUGUAAUUGAUACAGAAUUUGCCACUAAUAAAAUCACCCUCCUCUUCGAAUUAAUUCAUUGUACCCCGAAUUUGCUGAUGGAGUCUUGGACUGAACCUGAGAUUAAUCGAUGCACCCAGUGCCUUGCAAUUGGUGACACUGAGGAGGCAAUUUGCUUGAAAGAUCAAAACAAAGCCUUUGACUUUCCUGUAAGAUAUUCAUGCUGGUUGUGGCAUCGCUAUCACGCAACCUGUGAGGUGCCAGGGCAACUCAACCCACUCAGCCUUCUAUCUUGUUGUCGAGUUGUCAUUCGGCGAGCGAUUAUGAACAACCUCGCAAAUAGUGACUUAGCAAUGGACUACGCCAAGGCUUUGAAGUCGUUGACUUUGCCUCCACGAAUGCUUGCAUUCUUGUCCUUCCAAGAAAUGUGGCCCGUUGUGAAUGCUAAACACAAAUUUCGAUUUCGGCAACGUCAAUAUGGAGCGCUACCGCUAAGGCAUCCUCUUCAGCCCGUCUACGAUGUUCACGACCUUGACGCUUGA